CAUUGUGGUAAUGGAUCGUCAAGAGUUAUGGCCUGGGUUGCAAUAGAAACUCGCUGAGCAAUCUCCACAGCCGCAGGAGCUUUGCGAUCUUCUGCUGGUGUGAAUCUCAUCAGUCCCAAAACUCCAUGUUUCGGCAAUCCAACGAAACCUGUAGCGUGUGGCCAUUCAAACGAACAUACCUCGGUAUCAUCCUCGGCUGCCUCGAUGCCUGGAGAGUAACAGUCCCGGGAAGAACCAUCAUUUGCCCGAAACGAAAUCACGAUGGAUCCCCUUGCAUUCCCGCUGCCAGCCAAGUACCAGCUUGUGUAGAACUGAGCCCGAGCCGGAGACCAAUCCACCGGGGCUGUCCAAGUGAUGCCGAGAUCAAGCUCGCUGUGUGUGCCAGCAAAAGAGAGCCUGAGGAGGACGCGAACACCCGACUUGGAGCAGGGCUGAGACUGAAAACACGACUGUCCACGAAGUUGAUGCCUGUUUCUUCGCUGAGAUCUCCAGCCAAGUGCUUCGCCAAGCUCUCCUCCAGCUCCAGAUAGACACUACUUGUAGUUGCAAGCGGGCUUGGCGGCGAGCUGCGCGAUCGGAUCGCCCACGCCCCAGCGCUCGUUGUUCCAUCGCCCUUGCCAUUUCUUUGAUUCGAAACUU